GCUUAACUGGAAGGGUCCUUUUUGUGCAAAACACCUUUAGAAAAGAACCCUGCUGAACUUGUUUUCUAUAUGAUCGUUCAAUGCUGGUAACUAGAACAUACAUGUAAAAUCAUGCCUGAAUUCCUCCUUUUAAUUCAAUCAAACCCAUUUCUGGGAUAUACCCAAGCUAAUCAUGCCCCGCCUCCAGUGUUAAUGCAUUACAUUCUGUUUGCUGUUUAAAUAUCUCAGGACUCGGAUCCCGAUUCAGCUGGAGAUUGUGCCUAAACCAGCAGAAUGGGUGUUGCGCUGUACUGCUAUGUAUAAUGAACAGAAAAUUCAGAAACACAGAAGCACAUGUUUGGAAAAGGAAUGUUGCUCUAAAGACCUUAAUGAUCUACCAGGUUUUAGUAUUACCCUUGUUUGGUCAAUGUGAAGGAGGGACGAUACUGGCUGCUGCUGGAAGCAUCACUAACGCUUCAGUAGGAGAUGGUAUCAUUUUCCCUGUUACAGCUGAGGGAAAUGUGACAUAUGAGCUUAGCCUGUUAUUUCAGUCAAAUAGAAAAAUUGUAACAUGGUUCUCAAGUAAUCCAUUGAAUCCAACAAUUUUCCAGUUAAUGUUUGUAGACAGAAUACGAGUGGAUGAAACUGGUUCAGUAUUUCUGGAUAAUGUACAGCUCUCAGACAGUGGACAGUAUGACAUGCAGAUCAGUUAUGUGAGACACACAAUGACAACAAUGACAAGACGGUUUCAACUGCAUGUCUUUGAACCCGUUUCAAAGCCCAAUGUGACCGCGGUUUGCUUCGUGAACAACAUCACAAUGACCUGUUCUACCAGCCAGGGGACCCACGUGUCCUACCGAUGGGAAAAGAUGCCUGCCUGUAGUAAUGAGAGCUGUGUCAGUGCUGGGGCAGAGAAGGUGGUGGACAGGCUGUAUGGAUCUACUGAUGAGUACAAAUGCAUUGCUGAGAACCCAGUCAGUACAGCAACAAGCGAUCCGCUGGGAACACAAGCAUGUAAUAAAAACCCUCAGGAAGGAUUCAGGCACUGGUGGGUUGCUAUAACAUGUGUCAUUUUUUUUGGUAUAUUACUAACUGGAUACUCAGUUUACCCCUACAAGAAGACAAAGAGAAGUAACGAAGAAAACACUGAUCUGCUUGUUAUUGAACCAGUAUAUGUAACAGAGGAAAGAUCUGCACAGGACAAAUCAACACCAAGAGAGACCUGCUAAUUCACUAGUUCCUGCUAAUCUGUAUUGCUGUUCCAAAACUACCCUACUGCCAGACAAUCCUAGUUAAUAUCAAACAUCAACAGAAAUAUAUAUAUAUAUAUAUAUAUAUAUAUAUAUAUAUAUAUAUAUAUAUAUAUAUAUAUAUAUAUAUAAACACACAUUUUAAAAUGCGUAAUAAAGUCGUAUGAUCAGAAGAGUGGGUUCGUGGCCGUUUGGUUUCAUACUGUUCCAUUUUACUUUGUUAUAUGAUAGGGUGACACAAGCAGCCUGCUGUAUAAAGAAACCCCGGAUUUGUCUUAAAGGCACAAGCACACAUUUUUUGAAAUUUUGUGUGGUAUUUGAUAGGAUGAUUCAAUUUAAUUUUUCAUUCAUUUAAAGAAUCAUUGCUCCUUCGCAUUACAUGAACAGGCAUUCAUUAAACACACUUUACAGACCACAUUUUAAGGUAAUUAUGUGCUGGUCUGUCUAGUGCUAUCUUUUAUUCUCCAUAUUGUGUGAUCGCUUACAAAUAUAGCCACCGGUCGGAUGUUGCCAGAUAUCUCAUAUUUCACGAACAGGAAUCAAUCAGUGUCUUGAAAUGUAAUCACCCAGACACGAAGACCUUUUUUUUUAUAAGGUUAAAAUUGUUGUAAUAAUGUCUCACCUUUUAUAUUUCUCUAAUAAUGCACUGACAGUGGGAUUGCACAAUGAUGUUAGCUACCCAAAAAUGGGAGUUAAAACUGGAUUGUUUUCUUAAUAUAUUAGGUUGUAAUGAUAAGUGCACCGUUUUUGUUUGCCUGCUAAUAAUCUGUUUCAUAAAUCUCCCACGUGCUGAUAAUAUAUCUCCUGCAGUGUUCCUCCAGAGCAGUCUUGCCACGUUCUAUGGCUAUGGGUUUUACAGAAGGGGUAGAGAGCUACCUGUUAGUCCGUGGACUAUGUAAAAGCAAAUCAUUGCAAAGAAGAUAGUGUGAUAGUGAGCAGGAGAUCUGCUUCAGAAAAAAAAGGAACGUUUAAGUUUUGGUUAUUCCCCAAAAUCCAUUUUGUUAUUUACAAAGUGAAUAUAAACAACAAGAAAACAUUAGUUUAAGAUAACUGAUAUUGUAGACCUGUAGUUGCUCUUGGACUUAUUUACACUGAACAAAAAUGUAAACGCAACAUGUAAAGUGUUGGUCCCAUGUUUCAUGAGCUGAAAUAAAAGAU